AUGGCGUUCUCGAUAGGGAUGCCCUGGAACGAGGGCGAAGAGAAGAUGCAUCGCCUCCUCCGCGUUCCACCUCAAGAUAACCCAACAUCGGCUAUGCUCACACCACAGGCCAGUUUCAUGUUCCAACGUGCUCCUCUACUCGCACUCGGAACACUGGAUGCACAAUCCAGACCGUGGGCGACGCUAUGGGGUGGCGAGCCUGGUUUCUCUGAACAGCUUGGUGGAGGUUUCAUCGGCACACGAACACUCGUCGAUGGCACGAAUGAUCCUGUGGUGCAAGCGCUAACAAGUGCAAACGAGAAGGGCGAGAUGGCUCAGGCAAAAGACGGUGGCAAAUUAGUAGCAGGUUUAGCUAUCGAUCUGAUGACGAGGAAAAGAGUCAAAACCGCCGGGCGUAUGGUUGCAGGAGCAAUAAGGGACAUCGAUGUUGAGAUCGAAGGGGAGGCAGACAGGAAGCAAGAACAGAUCCAGAUCGUCACGAAGAUAGAACAAAGCCUAGGAAACUGUCCCAAGUAUCUCAAUCAAUACGAAAUACGCCCAGCACUGGUAAACGCAAAAUCAGUAUCGCAAUCCUCGGCUUUAUCAAAAGAAGGGAAAGAACUUAUCGCGAGAUCUGACAUGUUCUUCUUAUCCACGACAACUGAGGAUGACAUGGAUGUCAACCAUCGCGGUGGACCAGCGGGAUUCGUUCGAAUGAUAGAUUCAAGCACCCUUGCAUACCCCGAGUACUCUGGAAACCGGCUUUAUCAGUCCCUCGGUAAUCUAAUGCUCAACCCCAAGAUUGGUAUCGUGUUUCCAGGUUACGACACUGGAGAUGUCCUUUAUCUGACCGGCACAACUGAUAUCCUCGCUGGUGCAGAUGCAGCUGCCCUAUUACCCGGUAGCAAUCUGGCCGUCAAGAUUUCCAUCUCAGAAUGCCGAUUUGUAGGCAACGGUCUGCCGUUUCGUGGCUCGAAGAAGACACCUAGCCCAUAUAAUCCGCUCGUGCGCACCCUUGCUUCUGAAGGGAACAUACGCGGCACACUCUCGGUUUCUCACACCAUGGCGUCUUUGACCAAGAAAGAGGUUCUCACGCCUAGCAUCGCUCGUUUCACUUUCACUGUAAGAGAUGGGAUCACAUAUCAACCAGGGCAAUGGAUUGCCCUGGACUUUAGCAAGGAAUUAGACAUUGGGUACGAACACAUGCGCGAUGAUGAUCCUGGAAGUUUGAACGAUGACUUCGUGAGGACGUUUACCAUUUCCUCCAUGCCUAAUAAAGCCCAAGGGAAAGAAAGUGAGUUUGAGAUGACCAUACGGAACGUCGGUACUGUUACACGGUUCCUCUUCCAGCAGAAUGAGCGGGCUGGGUUGGAGAUAGGUGCCCUUGGUGUAGGGGGUCAGUUCAAGAUCGAAAAAACUGAUGGGCGUAAGGUGGUUUUUGUGGCUGGCGGAGUGGGUAUCACGCCGUUGCUCGGACAAGUUGGUGGGCUGGGUCUGGAAGCUGGAGGAUUCAAGUUGAUUUGGGCCGUACGGAGUGAGGAUAUGGGGUUGGUAACAGACGGGGACUUAACUAAGAUGAAGGAUCAGGUGAAAAUGGAGGCUGAGGUUGUGGAAAGAAGAAUGACGAAGAGUGAUAUACAGGCGAUGCAGGCUGAUACAUGCAAGCAUGAAACAGCGAAGAAGUGGCUGCGGCGACAUCUGCGCAAAGUGGCAUCGCGCCAAACACUGAAGAACGACGACCGCUCAAACGAGAUGCAACGAAAGAUUUCCCUCCGGCGUCCGCGCACAGCACCUUCAACAGAGCUUGCACAAAAUCUUGACGAUGCGCCAGCAUUUCCACUGGUCCCAAUUGACGUCGAGCAAGUUUCACCUCGAGCGCCAGUCUUACCUCCGAUCCGUCCCGCAAGACCAAAUUCGGGCGUUAUACGGGAUGUUAAUGCCUGGUUGGAUGCCAGCGUAAAUACGCCUUCGCCUCCUCUGAUGGGAGGACUUCCCUACUGGAGGGCGGCGACCAGCCCUGGUGUCAAGGAUACACCCGUGGCGCAACAUGCCGUUCCAUUGACUGGAGUACUCAGAAUCGCCAGGCCAUCGACAGCUAACAGCCAGCAAAGGAUAGCCUUCCGUCGUUGCGCCAAAAAGAUGCAGGUUCAAAUACCUUCACUUCUGCGCACCAAAUCUCAACGCCAGGUAGAUCGAAAGCACAAAAGACAAUCGGCGUCGAUGCCACUCUUAGCCAUCUCCUAUGAGGAUGUCAAUGAAGCCCCCGCUCCUAUGCUCAUGUCUCGGUCUGGAUCUUUUCUUCGUCCCGCCAUACAGCCGUCAACACGAUAUCCCUCCACACGAAGCAGUGCUCUUGUAUCGGUUGAUCAACAGCCGCGUCAAGAUCUACCCUUGCGUUCGGGUACACCAAGAAGUGUGCGACUUGGCGAUACUGACAGUGUCUUCGAGCGGCGCGUCAACGCCAUAUUCAUGCGUACGGCACGAAGCGGGGACAGCACUCGACCAUCAACGGCAGCUGCCUGUCUUACUCGAGAAGACUCCAUGGGCGAUCUGUCUGAUGCACCGACGUACAUUUCUGGGCUACCACCGCCGUCCUACCGUUCUCGCCCCGAGUCUUUUCUCACCACCUCUUCCUUCGGCUGCAUCGAUGGCAUGAACCCUGCGCAACGCCAAAUCAGUCAGCAGCGAGCAGUACUACAGCGAGGAAUGAAAUGCAAGCUGAAGAGGUUCGCUCAUACAUUUGCGAUAUGA